AUGUCGUCCGAGCCUCUCUCCACUCAUACUAGCCCCCGGGAAGAGGUCUUUGGGAAUGAAGACCUGUUGGGCAUGAUUUUCGAUUUCGUGGACGUCGAGAAAAGUGACAAAGGGCAUCAGUUCUUCCAUAUCGCUCUAGCACACAAAGGAUUCCAUCACGCGGCCCUGGACUUUCUCUGGAAAUCUAUUCCGAACGUCCUGCCAUUGUUAAAACUCAUACCUGGGUUCUGUGAGGUCGAUGGAGUAUAUUUCCUUACCGCACCCUCCGCCAAGGAAGACGAUUGGGAAACAUUCCGCCUUUAUGCAAGGCGUGUCAAAUCAAUUACCUUCACGCAUCAAGACGAGACCGUCUCUCCAUUGGUGUACCAGACCUUACCUGUCUACCAACCAUUGCCAUGGGUAGACAUCGGCUUCUCCCUCCCAGCUCUCCGCACCAUUCGAGUAGAGUGUGCCGCAAAGACCGACUAUUCCGGGGCACUCUUCGUAGCAACAGCCUCCACGUGCAUCCUGCAAGUCGAAGUCGUGGACAUUAUUCCGGAUUCAUUUCCCUUCCUUUACCAGCUGCUACUCGUCCUCGCCCACCGACAUUCCCAGCUGGAGGUGUUGGAACUCGAAGGCAAGGGCACCGAUGCACUUUUCCGUGCACUUCUCCCUCGGCUAUCAUCCCUUUCCGUUUUAAAACGUUUUUCUCUGAAUUUUCCCGGGGUGUGGCCUCUGGAUGUAGAGGACCUUCAGCACAUGAGCCAGAUUGGAACUCUGGCGUCAUUGGCGAUCCAUGUAUCCGACAACGAUGGAAGCGACCGAGAUCUGAAAGCUCCGCCUCAGAAACCCCGUUUCUCUUCCUUAACCAAGCUCGAGAUCUCCGGCACUGCGCUCGUCAUCCUCAAAGCAUUGGUGCGAACCGACAUCCCUGCCCUCGAGCAUAUUCAUCUCCGGCUGGAUGCCACGUUCUGCACGCCACACAAUCGAGAAUUCUUGAAGAGAUGGAUUUCGUUCUUAGCUCAAUACCGACACCUUCUCACGCUCGAGGUAACCCAAACCGAUUCCUCAAGCUUCAGCUUCAUCUCUACGGACUUGUUCACAGAACCCCCGUCUUCCGAAUCACCUUCAGAGCCUUUGAAACUGCAGCAUCUCCACCUAAGAAUGAACACGAUGUCCGACACGACCGCCUUUGUCAAUUUGAUUUCGUGUAGUGCUUUUCCCAAUCUCACCUCGCUCAUUCUCCCAGCUUCUACUUCCGACCCCGACGACAAGAAGGCAGACUUGACCUGCCUAGCCUUGCUCGCAAAAGGCUGUCCCCGUUUACUCGAUGUUCAAAUUUGCCUUCGACUCCAUCGCCUUACUCCAGAUCAACUCAGUGAGGCAUUGGACAUAGACGUUACCCAUGCCGAGGCCGAGACGUAUCACCCACUGAGGUCCCUGAAACUCAGCGAUGGCGGGGGAGAUCAGGCGUUUGGGCUGACCGACUUAGUCUCUAUGUUCAAGUAUUUUCAUCGACUCUUUCCCAAAUUGGAUCAGCUGGAGGCGUAUCGCGAUGCCAAAGGAAGAGGAAGCGGACGUGCGGAGGUGUUUGAAGCUUUUCAGGAACUUCUUCUGACAUUGAAAGAGGCGAAGAACAAGGGCGCUGCGUCUGUCAGGGCUAAGCGUCCAAAGGAUGGGCCUCCGACACUGACACCCCAACCGAGUCAACCAAUCGUAGUCGACACUUGUGUUCAAGCGGAUCUAGAAGCAACGACAGAUCUCAAACCAGCUCGCGAAGACGCUUCUGUUCAAACAGAUAUGAUGGAGGUUAUGACAACCCCAGGAAGACGAGAACUCCGCGUUGAGGACGCAUCGAUUCAGACGGACAUGGACCCCAUUGCAGUCGAGGAAGGUGGAAGGGACGGGGAGGAGGGAUGCGAAGCACCUUCAAUGCACUCGGAAGGGUCUGUGGUGUGGGGAGAAGUUUUACUCGAAUCCGGAGGUUGCGAGCGAGCUACGUAGUGAAUGCAGUGGUUUUACAAGAGCAUGUAAGCAAACGACAGCUGCUACCGGUAGUUAAUACAGUCUUUUACCUUGUC